AGUGGCUUCCGAGGAAACAAAGAUGGCGCUGCGCCGUCUGAGAGGUUGUUACGGGUUGCCGUCAACAUUUAUCUUCACUCGGUUGUUAUUAACCAACAGAAUCAACCCGAACCGGUCCAAUAAAGCGCUGCUACCUUCCUCACCACCGGCCCGCCCGUACAGCUCCGACCGGGACAACCAGAACCAGAACCAGACCCAGAAGGUGGUGGUGGUUCUCCCGAACCCUUUCAUCUGGUUCCGUAUCCGGAUAUAUUUCUUCCUGAUCAGAGCUUACUUCGAUAAAGAGUUCAACCGUGAAGAGUUCACGGAGGGAGCGACGCAGGCUUUCUCUCAUGUUUCCAGACUGUUGUCACAAUGUAAGUUUGAAGCUUUGGAAGGACUCGUGGCUGAAGACUUGAUCGGGAAGCUCGAGGAAAAGUGCAACCAGCUGUCGUCGACCCACAAGAAAGCUCUCUCUGCAGAAUCUGAUGAGAUCAUGUACACGGCACCUGGAGACGUAGGAAUCCACUAUGAUGAUAACGGGAGAAAGUUUGUCAGUAUCCUGAUGCGUUUCUGGUAUCUGACGAGCGCACAAAUUCCUGACGAGACCCUGGAGGGUAGCUUCACCUUCCAGGUUAAUUUUGGUGGAGAGGGAAAGAGACUGCUAACUGCAAAUUAUGAAUUCCAAAGGGAGUUUACUAAAGGAGCGCCUCCGGACUGGACCAUUACGAGGGUGGAGCACUCCAAGCUUUUGGAUUAAGGUGCCUUUGAUUGAAGGCAGUCGCGCCAGUGGAAACUAGUCAAAGACAUGAAAUCAAACCUCAGCGUUUUCUUUGAUUAAACUGAAUUUAGAAAAAUGGCUCAAGGAAAUCCACAGAGGGGGAAAACAAGACGCAGCUGCUCCCUGGGAAGUCAGAGGACAGCACCGAGACAAACAAGGAUUCAUCCAUGAGACAUUGUAGGAAAGACACAUGAGCCUCACAGAUACGGUAUAUCAUUGUUCCUCACGGUUUUCUUCAUCAUAUCUGAUUUCCCCCCCCCCCAAAAAAAACAAAAAACAGUGAUUAUGUUGGUCGGGAAGGUUUUGUUCAUUCAGGAACGGAUCAAAUAUUAUAUUCAAAUAAUUUAUAGACUUUAUUAAAGUGUUAUGUAACAUCAUACGGGUGGGGCUCACUGUGGUCUGAUACUGUAUUUCCAAGUAGAGAACUCUUGUUUCUCUAUGUAGGACUGUGUGGUAUAAAGAUGUAACAAUCAAUGUACCAGAUUUAUUUCCACACAAAAACAUUUUCUUUUCGUUUUUCCCCCCCUCACACAAAAUAUUUGUCAGUCACCUGACCCGGAGGUACAUGCCUUUUAUCUACUGUAUGUGUGUACAUAGGGUGUUUGCAAGUGCUAAGACAGCUUGAAGCAGCUGCAGAUGACUUUUUGAUUGUUUUAUUAAAGAUUUGAAAAAUGAA